AUGGCGUCCCUCGGCAGUUGUGGGACGGCGAGGUACCUUGUUCUUCACACUCUUCCCCCCGUCUCGCCUUGGUUUUCCGAUCAUACAUGUAAGACAAAUCUGGAGGUCGAUGCCCGGAAGAGGAAGGUAAUCGUCCGGUUGUUCGCCGGACGCGGCGGCGCCGGCGGGGAACGCGCCUCCAAUCACGACCUUCAAGCUGAAGCGGCAAGAGCGGCCUCGAUUCGCUUCAAUGAGUCCCUUCGUCCUGGUAAUCUUCUCUUUCUCCCUUCUUUGUUGCUCUUCCUCCCCAGCAGAGUUCAUGAUUCGGCGGAUCGCUUUACUUGAGGGCGGACAGAGACGGUGAUCGUCUGGCAUUGAUCGUCAGUUUUUUGGAAGAAGAGAACCUUGUUCUGGCGAAUACUACGGAAUGUCUAUCCUGUUGGUAGCUUUGAGAGCCUGUUUCUGUUCAUCUGGUGGUUCUCUGUAUUGCAACCGUGGAGAUUCAUACUCGAACUCAUAAUAAACUGGACUAUGGAAGAAGCGUUGUCGCUCGAGGUUUUUGCAUGCUUUUCUGCAUGCCAUUUACUCUCUCUCUCUCUCUCUAACGUCGUUAUGGGUGUGCAUUCACAUGUUUAGCCAAAUGUCAUUAACUCUGGUGUGCGUCACCCCAGUCACGCUACUUGGUUUUGGUUAUUCGUUAGAACUUAUAAUUUUUUUCAAAAUUUCAGAUCCUCUCUUGAUUGACUUGUACGCCGGCUGUCUUCUUUCCUCCGGUGAUCGCCCUGAAGAUGGCGGAAAAGAGCAGUACUCGGUUCCAGUGGGUUCUUUGUCCCCGUGCCAUUACACUCUCGCCACUAAGUUUAUCGACGAGAAGUUACUCAGCUUGGUGAGGGGCGUUGAUGGAGUUAAGCAGGUAUGAGGCUUCUUACAGGCAUGGUUCAACCAUAUGCCAUCCCCUUGAAACUCUCUGCUCCCCUCUUCACACCGCUGAAGUCUGAUGCCCUACAGAUUGUUCUGUUCACAGAUGGCUUCGAUACGCGACCCUACAGGGUUAAAUGGCCGCCCAGAACCUUAAUAUACGACGUUUCAGUGGAAAGCGUCUUCAGCACGGCCAUUCGGAAGCUCGAGUGUAUUUCCUCUACUCUUUGUUCUGUAGAUACCGAAAGGGUUUCUUUGUUGUGACCGUGAUGUACUUGGGGAAGUAACUUAAAUUUGCGAUGCACGUCUUCUUCAAGCCCUAAAAACACCUUGUACACUUCACUGUGUGGAAUUUCAGCUGUUGGAGCAAAAAUUAUGAAAACCUGCAAACAUAUUCACGUGCCCUCUGAGUCUCCUGAUUUACAAGCGGCUCUGUGCAGCGAAGGAUUUAAUGGCGGGAAUCCGAGUUUAUGGGUUUUUCAGGUGAUCCCGUAUGCAUAAUGUUCGGACGCUAUUAUCUUCUAUCAUUUCUUUCCAUCUGUGGAUGGGAAUUCAUUUCUAAUCUUGAAUGACAUUCUUUUCGAAAUCUCAUUUUUCUUGUAUGGAAGGGUCUGUUUCAUGUUUUAUGGUCUAUUCUCAUAAUCCCCUCAUCCAUCUCCAUGUGAUUAUGCAUCCUUUUAUCAUCUGAUAGAAGUACUAUUGCGUUGACGGUAAAAGGAUAAAGCUAAUAUACAAGUCAUGCGGAAUGAUAGUUAGUUACCCUGUACGGCCGAUAUAUUGAAAGGAUGACUGACGGUGACUGCUGGGGGCCUUGCAGGGAUUUCCUGUGACGACAUUAGCAACGUUCAAAGAAAUUCUUUUCCUGGUCAGCAAUUUAGCCAUGAAAGGGUCUAUUUUUGUUGGAGAACUGCCUGGAUGGUUGGUUGAUACUGAAACAGGAAACAAGGUCAGCUCCUCCAUGUCAAAAUCUCAAGAAUCCAUGUAUCAUGCGCAGUCUGUGGCUGGGUCUCGGAUUAUUCCAACAUUCUAUGAGAAGUUCAGUCUGCUAUUAUUGUAAAUCCAAGCACCGGUUCUAGUUUCAUAUUCUAUGAGAAGAUUUUUUAAUUCAUUUUACCUUCGUUUCUAUCCCCCCCUUUAUUUCUUAUUUAACAUAUUCCACAAUAUACCUUAAAAAAAUUCAUUCCUUGUAUUUUUUUUUCCUAUUCUCCAGGUUGCUUCAUGUUUCUCGCUUUGAACAAAAAAUGUCUCUUAUUGACUGCGUUUCCGUCUCCUUGGCAUAGAUUACCGCACAAAAAGGGGUGGACAAGAUUUUCAUGAGUCAUGGCUUCCGGGUAAAGAUCAUUGACUAUCAUGAAAUCGCGAAAGAGUUUCACGUAACCCCCCCAUCAGGGGAUUACAAUAACCUCCUUUUUGUAGCAGAACAGCUGCAAUUUUCCGACAAACAGGUAGCAUUUCCUCAGGUUUUCUAUACUUAGUAGCUAAGAUAUGCAUGUGAUAUGUCCUGGUGGCCUUGCACGUCUCUUCAGAGGGCUGUGUCUAUCUCUCUCUUCUAAACUGGUCUUUUCUUUCUUAAUCUGAUGAGCAUCCUAUAAUUACAAAGCUCUUUUUUUCAUUCGGCAACAGAUUGGAGUUACUGUGGGGGUUUAGCUGUUAGUAUCUCCAGUGGGCAGUAUUUUUGGCUUAGUAUCGGGGGUCAGACAAACUAGCGCUAUAGAAACCAGCGUGAACCAGAUAAUUGGGGAAGAAAAAACGAUGAACCCAGAUCAUGAUUUGUUUUUGGUUUAUCCUACUUCUGAUUGCCAAACCACUGAAAGCCCUGAUCGAAACCCUAAUCUGUUCACCUUCUGGGGCUCCCGUGAGAACCUUUCAUAGUCGCCUCUACUGAACCGGCCUCGCACAUGUUCUACAGAUGGAGGAUUGGAGGAAGGAAUUCCUGAGGAUGGAGGACGAAGGCGACGAGGAUGGAUUCGAGGAUCUAAUCUGA